AUGGCAACGACGGCGCGCUUGAUCCUGCUCGCCGUCGCCGUGUCGUUGGUGCUGCAGGUCGCCACCGCCGUGUCGGCGGCGCCAUCGUCGGGACCCCGCGGCGGUGUUACGCUGCGCGUAGAUAGUAGACAGGUGGUGGUGGACAACGGGUUGGUGCAGGUGUCGCUGUCGAGGCCCGGGGGCCACAUCACCGGCGUCCGCUACGGCGGGGAUCGGACGAACCUGCUGCACUCCACCAGGAGCAGAAACACUGGCGGGUACUGGGAUAUGGUGUGGAACAUCCCCGGCUCCGAUCAACGAGGCUUGCUCAAUUCACUGGAUGGCUCGGAGUUCAGGGUGGUAACGCAGAGCGACGACAAGGUGGAGCUGUCGUUCCGGAGCACGUACAGCCCGGGACGUCGGAACGGCGUCCGGCUCAACUUCGACAAGAGGCUGGUGAUGCUCAAGGGCAGCUCCGGGUUCUACAGCUACGCCAUCCUGGAGCACGGCGCGGACACGCCGGCCAUCGACAUCAGCCUGGCCCGGCUCGCCUUCAAGCUCAACACGGACAGGUUCAACUACAUGGCCGUCUCGGACGACGUCCAGCGGUACAUGCCGCGGGCGGCCGACCGGGACGCGCCCCGCAGCUCCCCGCUGGCGUACAAGGAGGCGGUGCUGCUGGUCGACCCGGCGGAGCCGGAGUUCAAGGGGGAGGUGGACGACAAGUACCAGUACACGCUGGACACCAAGGACAACAAGGUGCACGGGUGGGUCAGCACUAGCAGCGGCCAGCCGAGCCACGUCGGCUUCUGGGUCGUCACCCCCAGCAGCGAGUUCAAGAGCGGCGGGCCGCUCAAGCGCGACCUUACCUCGCAUGUCGGCCCGACGUGCCUGAGCGUGUUCCAUGGGUCGCACUACGUCGGGGACGACAUCGUGGCGCGCAUCGGGGACGGCGAGCAGUGGAAGAAGGUCAUGGGUCCCGUGUUCGUCUACCUCAACUCUAACUCGGAGAAGGGAGACCCGCGGGCGCUCUGGGAGGACGCCAAGUCGACGGCCCAGGCCGAGGCUGCCAAGUGGCCCUACAGCUUCCCGGAGUCGCCGGACUUCCACAAGGCCGGGGAGAGAGGCUCCGUCACCGGCCGAUUGCUCGUAAGGGACAGGUACGUGAGCAGGGACAACAUGCCCGCUCGGGCAGCUUACGUUGGCCUGGCCGCGCCCGGGCAGCCUGGCUCGUGGGCGACGGAGAGCAAGGGCUACCAGUUCUGGACGACGGCGUCGAACACUUCGGGCGAGUUCACCAUUGACAACGUCCGGGCAGGGGAGUACAACCUCUACGCGUGGGUUCCUGGGGUUCUCGGCGAUUACAUGAACACCACCCGCGUCACCGUAACACCCGGCGGCGCAAUCAACCUCGGCGAUCUUGUGUACGAGGCUCCGAGAUCAGGGCCGACGCUGUGGGAGAUCGGCGUUCCUGACCGGAGCGCGAAGGAGAUGUUCGUCCCCGACCCCGACCCGAAGUACCUCAACAAGCUCUUCCAGAACAAAGACAGGUACAGGCAGUACGGGCUGUGGGAGAGGUACGCCCAACUGUACCCGACGGACGAUCUCGUCUACACCGUCGGCGAAAGCCACCACUCCAAGGACUGGUACUUCGCACAUGUCACAAGAAAGGUCGGCGACGACAUCGUACCGACGACGAGGCAGAUCCGGUUCCGCCUGGACCGCGUCGUGCCCAGCGGCAGCUACACGUUGCGCGUCGCCCUGGCGGCCGCUCAGGCGGCGAGGCUGCAGGUCCAGGUGAACGGGGCGACGAGGCGUGUGGGCGGGGUCUUCGGGACGCCGGCGUUCGGCGACGGCAACGCGAUCGCGAGGCACGGCGACCACGGCACGCAGUGGAGCUUCGAGUUCCCGAUCAGCGGGAGGCUGCUCCGGCAAGGAGACAACACCAUCCAUAUCACACAGACGAGGGCGAACAGCAUAUUCUUAGGGGUCAUGUACGACUACUUACGGUUCGAAGGGCCUCCCGGUUCUUGA